AUGGAUUUACGUUUUGGUGGAGAUGAAAUGUCAGAAGUGUUUUCCCCUGGAGAUGAUCCGAAUAAGGAAAUAAUAAGAUUCCAUCGGUUACAAUACAAUGAUCCCAUCGUGAUACGCAUGGAGAAUGCUAAGUAUGUUUAUUCUGAAUCGAAUAAGAAUCAGACCGUUACGUUCCAUUUUCUGGGUGCACGAGAUGAAAUUAUUCAGUUUCUACUUUUCCCUGACACUGGUGAAGCUAAACUAAAUUCCACGUAUCAUAAAACUGAUUCUGUCGAUAUUGGUUAGUGGUUUCCUAAACAUGCCAG